UAAAAAGUAUUUGCUUCAGAGUUAAGUUUGUACAAUGUGGAUUUAAAAUUUGAUUUGUAUGUUUGAUUGACCCCAAAGGAGUGAAUAAUUUUAGCCAGUCUAAAUAAUGUAGGUUGCAAUGUAUUUUGUUGAUUUUGUUGUUGAAUAUUGCUUUCUGAUUUAGUUGAGUUAGUCCAAGAUGGGCCUAGGCCUAGAUUAGUGAAAAAUCAAUAUGUAAUUUCGACAAGAGUUGUAUGAAAUCACAAAUGUAAAAUGUUCUUAAAGUUUUAUUAACUAUGUAAUUCUAAAUGCACUUUAUUAAAAGUAAACGUUUAUUUAUGGAAAAAGAAUUCCUCAAAAUCGCAAAUGGAGCACUCGGAGAAUCAUAACCACGUCAGAUUUUCAAGCUAGCAAAGCAAGCAUCCUUCUCUCUCUUUUCUCUGUCUGUUUCUUCAGUGGGAGACUCACGAGUCACGAACGAGUCGUCUCGUCCGGUCUCCGGCGAGUUGAGGCAGGCACCGCCUUAAUCGAAGAGCUCUAUGGGUCAAAUGACGGUGAUCCUCAACUAUUCCCCAGCCCCUUCCCUCCUCCAAAUUCUCAAUGGUACAGUGAUCUGGAGAGGUGUCGGAAUUCGAUUGCUAUGCUAAUUCCCAUUUGGUAGCUUCUUAUUAUACCAUACCAUACCAUGGGCGGCACUGCCGAGGAGAUUGGACAACAGCUGGUAUUCGAUGUUGAGCAUACUAUAUUUGUUGCGGUGGGCACGAAUGUGGACGAGACCAAGACUACGCUAAUUUGGGCUGUCCACAACUUCGCGGGGAAGAAUUUUUGUCUGCUUCACGUUCAUCCACCUCCCCCUGGUGUUGGUCUGAGAAAUGAAGGGCCAUCGUCCAAUACACUAAAAGAGCAGAUAGCCAAGGCAUUUGAGGAACCUGGAAGGCAGAAGCCUUUUGAACCUCUUAAUCAAUAUGUUGCCAUUCUUGCCAAACUGGGGGUACAAGCCCAAAAGGUAUGGAUUGAGACAAACAGUGUUGAGAGAGGGAUCGUUGAAAUUAUUGCUCAGUACAGUAUUAAAUGGCUAGUCAUGGGUUUAGACGCAGAAAGAUACAAUCUGAAGAGGUCCACUGGAUUAAAAUCCAAUAAAGCUUUCUUUGUAUGCGAACAAGCACCGAUGUGCUGCCAUAUAUGGCUUGUCUGCAGAGGACAUCUUAUAUACUCAAGGGAGGGCAGAAUGGGAAGAUUCCAUCCACCGCUGCUGCAGAAUUUGGACAUAGGAACCAACCAAUCCAACAAUCUGAAACCAGAGUCUGUGACUUGUCAAUUGAGUUUUCUAGAUACUCAAGAAAAGGAGAAUGCAUUUGAUGGAGUUUUAAGCAGGUUCAGAUCUCAAGGUUUGGUGGAUCCUAAAUGCUCCAAUAAUGGAAUCCUGGGUACUUCAAGGACAAUACUAUUGUUAAAGAAUGAGGGUGUAAAAGAAAGGGGACGACCAGUUAUCCAGGGUCCUGGUUUGCAAGAAGCCAUGAUUAAUGUUAAGCCCAUAAAAGAAUUUGCAGGAGUGAAGGCCUGGGAAGAGGAAGAUGCUGCGGGUGCAAAAUUCAAGGCUAAAUCAAUAGAAAGCUCAUGUAUGGAGGAGGUGAAAGAAGGAAAAGAGAUGGAAGAACUUUUAGAGAGAGAAAAAUUAGAAGUAGAAAAGAUGAACAAAGAGCGUGAUGAGCUCUUGAAAGAACUACACGAUGUUCAAGAGCAGACAUUGUUACUCGGGAGAAAAGCUUCAGAGUACCAGUGUGAUGUGAAGAAGUUGGAGGAGAAGCUGUUUGCAGCUGUUGACCUCUUAGUAAGCUUCAAGGAGAAACGGGAUAAGUUGCAGAUAGAGCACGAAGGUGCAAUGAACAAGCUUAGACAACUGAAGAAUAUGGUUAAAGGUGAACCUCCAUAUUUUCGCAGUGCAGAAAUGCCCACAUUCUCAUUCAUGGAGAUAAUUGAGGCAACGAGAAAUUUUGACCCUUCCUGGAAGAUUGGCGAGGGAAGACAUGGUAGUGUCUAUAAAGGCCUCCUUCGCCACAUGGAUGUUGCUAUAAAAAUGUUUCCUUCAUAUGGUUCUCAUUCCCAAUCAAAGUUCCAAUACGAGGUUGAGGUCUUGAGUAGGGUAAGGCAUCCCAACCUGGUUUCAAUUAUUGGAGCAUGUCCAGAAUCUAGGUUAAUUGUCUAUGAGAAUUUGAAAAAUAGCAGCUUGGAAGACCAACUUGCCUGCAAAGAUCACAAUCGCCCACUUCCAUGGCAAAUACGGAUUCGUGUUGCUGCAGAUAUCUGCUCAGCUCUUAUAUUUCUCCAUUACAGCAAGCCUUGCAUUGUCCAUGGAGAUAUAAAGCCCAGCAAAAUCCUACUUGAUGCCAACUUUAUUGCCAAACUUGGAGGCCUGGGCAUCUCUCGCUUGAUCCCACGAGAAGAAAAUGCCUUUAAUUCUGCCUUCGCGUAUGAUAUGUCAAAAGAAAAUAAUCCAUAUAUUGAUCCCGAAUACCUUCAGACUGGAAGGUUCACUCCAGAAUCAGACAUCUACUCUUUUGGUGUUACUUUGCUGCGAAUUCUAACUGGAAGAGCACCUUCGGGAAUUGUAAAAGAUGUAAAAUGUGCUCUAGAAAAUAACAAGAUUGGUGCCAUCUUGGACUCAUCAGCUGGAGACUGGCCACAUGAUCUAGCAGAACAAUUGGCUCUUGUGGCAUUAAGAUGCUGUGAGAGGGACAAAUCGAAUAGGCUUGACCUUGUCUCAGAAUUAUGGAGUGUUUUGGAGCCUAUGAGAUCCAUUGCCUCAACAUCCUUUUCGAGUAUGAAGAAACAUUCUCGAGUACCUGCCCAAUUUACGUGUCCCAUUUUUCAGGAAAUCAUGAAAGAUCCACUCAUUGCUGCAGAUGGGUUCACAUACGAAGCAGAUGCUAUAAGAGGAUGGUUUGGAAGUGGCCACGACACUUCUCCAAUGACAAAUCUUAAACUCGAGCACUGUAAUCUUGUGCCAAAUUAUGCUCUUCUAAAUGCAAUUCAGGAGUGGCAGCAUCAACUAUGACAACUUCGGUCCAGAAAAAUACUACAAACUGGUGAGGCUUGGUACAAAACUGUCCCAUAAUAUCACUUCAUACAGGUCACUUACUUAUAAGUUAUAUCCUUUGAUGUACAGAACAUUGUUAUAUACCCAUACAAAACAUAGUCGAAUCAAUUCUGAUUUAAAAGUUAGGUCCUCUGUUAGAUGAUGAUAUGGAGUCUGAUUGUAACUUGUAAUUCCCAACUUUUGCUUUGAUAAUGCUAUUGGAAGUGAAAGUGGUUAGAGUUCUUGUCAGCAUCAUUUUCUCUUUCUCAGUCAGAUAAAGAUUGUCUUUGUUGAACUUC